CUUCAACUCACCUUGGCUCGCCCUUGCCCUCCGUCCCAAUCCAGCACACUCUCAAGCUUUAAGAAUCAGCACACACACCAUUAACAUGUCGAAGUCAAUCGUCAACACGGUAGAAUACCCUUUCAAGUUCGAAUCUCCCAUCCCUGAGAAAGGAGGCAAGCCAGGCCAAAUAACCCAAACGCAACUCUCGCCCCCCAAUGUCCGCAGCAGCAUCCCACCCCAUCCAGGCCUCCCGCCUCCGCACCAUGAAUUGAAGCGAACAACGACCCCAAGAAGAUCCUCACCCACUGUCGUUCCCAGGACGGGCUCUCUUCCUAACUCGAAGAAGGCUUUCCCAUGAUCCUUCUCGUCGGUUAUCCCGUUGCCUCUGCUUAUGGGCUCCCAGACACAGGAUACAUAGCAUGUCAAGAGAUGUGCGACACGGUGAAGAACGUGGUGCGGCAGGCAAACGUCCCUGUGAUGGCGGAUGGCGACACGGGAUAUGGAAGCCCGAUGAAUGUUGAGCGGACGGUGGAGUGCUAUGCGCUUGCCAGCGCUGCCGGGGUCAUGAUUGAGGACCAGACGUGGCCGAAGAGUAAGUUGACCAAAAGCUUAGAACUGGGGUUCUGCGCGGUUGCGUACCUGCGGACGCUGGUUGCGGCUAAGCUGAAGAGUAUUAGGGAGACGUUGGAGAAUUUGAAGAGUAUGACGGUUGGGGCACCGCCCACUAUACUGAGUUACUCGGAGGUGUGUGAGAGUGUUGGAUUCAACAAGUACUGGGAGAGGGAGGAGAAGUAUAAGUUUCAGAGAUUUUACGAGAGACGAAUGGAGCGAACGGGACGAAGUAGUAGGGGAUGCAUAUACAGCAAUCGCUUUUGAUUUGUCCAGGCGCUGGUCAUGACCCAACAUUAUUUCCCACUCAAUGUGAGAAUACUCUUUACGACACUUUCGUCCUUCUUCGACUUCUGAGGUCGGGUGGUAUAAGACAAGCGGUUCUCCACGCGGAUUUGUAGCCUGGUU